AUGGCAGCGACUGUACCACCGCAACAAGUUACAGCAGCUCAAAAGUUGGCUCAAGUCAAUGAACAAACAUGGUUGACCAUGGGUAAUCUUGCAGAAAUGAUGACUGAUUAUGAUAAGGCCAUGAGCUGUUAUGAAUCCGCUCUCAGACACAACCCUUACUCGGUGCUUGCCUUGUCUCAGAUCGCGUCAUUAUGUAGAGGUCGAGAGCAAUUCGCUAGAGCCGUCGACUAUUUCAAGCGAAUUCUAGCUAUUCAAGAGAAUAACGGUGAGACCUGGGCUGCUUUGGGUCAUUGUUAUUUAAUGAUGGACAAUCUCCAAGAAGCCUAUCAAGCCUAUCAACAAGCACUGUACCAUUUGUCUAAUCCCAAGGACCCCAAGCUUUGGUAUGGUAUUGGUAUUUUGUACGAUCGUUAUGGCUCAUUAGAACAUGCAGAGGAAGCCUUUUCGGCUGUGAUGAAGAUGGAUCCAAAGUUUGAAAAGGCAAAUGAGAUUUAUUUUAGACUUGGCAUCAUCUAUAAGCAACAACAAAAAUACGAGCUUUCCCUUCAGUAUGAAUUGGCUAAGGAAGCCUAUGAGCGUGUAUUGGCAGAGAAUCCUGAUCACGCAAAAGUGUUGCAACAAUUGGGUUGGUUAUACCAUCAACAAAACACGUCAUUUUGUAAUCAAGCAUUGGCUAUUCAAUAUUUAACUCGCUCAUUGAAAUCUGAUAGCAACGAUGCCCAAUCCUGGUACCUUUUAGGUCGUUGUUACAUGGCCGAACAAAAUUACAACAAGGCCUACGAGGCCUAUCAACAAGCUGUCUACCGUGACGCUCGAAACCCUACUUUUUGGUGCUCCAUUGGUGUUUUAUAUUACCAAAUCAAUCAAUACCGUGAUGCGUUGGAUGCCUACAGUCGUGCCAUUCGUUUAAAUCCUUACAUUAGUGAAGUUUGGUACGAUUUAGGUACGUUGUAUGAAUCCUGUAACAAUCAAGUCCAGGAUGCUUUGGACGCUUAUCAAAGAGCGGCCGAAUUAGACCCUUCCAAUCCUCAUAUCAAGCAACGUCUGGAAUUAUUAAGAAAGUCACAAAACGUUCAAUCAUCUCAGGUUGCCGGAAGUGCUCCAGUGCCUCAAGAUGUAGUUAAUCCCAGUCAAUAUCAAAGUGGAAAUAACGGUCAACCAUUAAAUGGUGGCUCUUAUAGUCAAUCAGGUCCCUCUGGCCCUCCCAUCAGCAUGUCUGCUUACCAAAUUGGCGCUGGCAGUAGCAGCAAUAGUAGCAACCCUCAACGUUUAAAUGAAGAACGUGUCUCUACACCUCAACUACCCGUCAACGUAGUAAUGGCCCCGCUAGAGAUCUUCCUAUGCCAGGACCUCCACCUGCUGGUCAAGGUCGUCGUUCACCUGCUCCUUAUGCACAAUAUCCUACUCACUCUACUAAUAAUAACGCGUCGCGUGAAGAUGUGCGUAUUCCUGAUAUUGGAGGUGGUCGUGCUCCUACUCCCUCUGAUAGAUCACAAAUGA